AUGGAGGACAUCACUGAGGAGGACUUUGAACAGCUCGCGAAUGAAGGCGACGAGGACACUGCCUUAGUUGCUGAGUUCGAAUCCGUGGCAGCUGAAGCAUUGCAAGAUGACUCGGAUUUGGCACUCGCUCACACCACCUACAUGGAGGCGAGAAAAAAGCUCUCCGAUCGUUUUGGCCAAGCGGGUCACUGGAAGGCCGAGUGUCCUGAUCGCCACCGCGCAUCCAGUGCAUCAUCGAACCUGCCUGCUGCACCGACCGUAGUGACCACAGGGGAUGUCUCCGGCGCCCUCCCGUUGGAGUUCUUGACCUUGCCAGAGGCCAUUGCUUCGCCACCUGUCUGUCAAGUCCCUCAUUCCAUCUUGCUUCGCCACACUUUGCUUGAGUGCCUGCCGCGACGUGUGACGGUGACCUGUCUUGGUGGGCCCAUGGCAGAUGAGACUGGUGCGCUGUCUCGGGUGCUGGAGUUGGCCGAGGAGCCUACAGCGCCAGCUCCAACUGUUGCUGAAGCUGUUGAUGCGGCUGUGGUUGGGGAAGCUCGACCCAAGCCAAGGGCUGCGACACAGCAAGGCUUCCUGAAUGCUGUGGUUGGCAUGGCUUACCUCUGGCAUGCCAUGGACGAUGAGGUUGAUGGCAUGGCGGAGGACCAGGACCAGGAAUCCUCUUCAAUGGAAACAGUGGAGAUUGAACCUGAGCCUGCCUACUUGGUCUCGCCUCGGAGAGUGGAGAUUGAACCUGAGCCUGCCUGGGUCUCGCCUCGGAGGUCGGAGCCUGACCCUGGAAGCCAACCAGAUCGGAGCCCUUCGCAUGCUACUGGACCUGGAAGUCAACGCUCAGAUGUCCAACCGAGCCCAGCAAAGGCCGAGGAGAAGAAGCUGGCCAAGCCGCGCCUGGUUUCCAAGCGCCCGGCUUCUGCGCUGAGAAAGCCGGCGGCCUCUGGCAAGAGACAACGCCUGGAACCCCUGCCGGAAGGGGUCGUUGCCGGCUGCUCAAAGUGCAAAUACAAGGCCAGCGGGCGCUCGCGCUGCCGAAGCCGACUUGGCAUCUGA